AUGGAAGAAAGUGAUGAAUCUGAUCAAUCCAUCUCUCUAGGGAGGCAUGAAAUUCGAAAGAGAAGACGACCCAGCCAACCAAUGAUAGAUAAGUACCAGCAUACUGAAGUGACAGAGAAAAAGAAACACAUGGCUACCGCACAACCAUCUGUCCCCAAAGCCACCCUCAGUAUUAGUAAUAUUCCUGGAAGCAAAGACAACCACUCUGCAAAAGAAUAUGAGUCUCAUAGACUAUCUUCUCAACUUCUGCAAACUUGGAUGAAGAGAAAGUGUGGCCAGGAAAUGACUGAUAAAUCUCUGCAAAUAAACAUUGCUGCAGAAGAGAAAAAGGAAGUUAUGUUCUUUGGUGAAACAGGUACAGUUGAAGAAAAGCCAGCUAGUGUUAGAGAAGCAGCUCCUGAAUUGUCACAGAGUGUCCAGGAAGUAGGGAUUCCAACCAGCAGACAGGCAAUUCAAUUUAUAGACAGAUCUCAGCAGACCAGCUGUACUAGUGACCAGCUGAUUUUGAUGAACAUCUGCCCCAAAGAUAAAUUGGACAAGGAAAAGCAGACAUUCAGUGAAUCAGAAAUUGCAGUGGCCUCUAUUCCAAGUAGUUCCUUGACAAAGUCAAAGGAGGUAACUUUGCCUGUUGAACAGAUUGAAAUGAGGGCUUUGUUUGAAAGAGAGGUACUGCCAACUGAAAAAGUCUCUGCUGAAGUAAUGCCUCCCACUGCAGAGCAGAUGGCUGCUGAAGGCCAGGCUCUACCACCUGUAGAGGCCACAACUACAGCAGAGCCCAGCUUUGCAGAGGAGACCCUUGUCCAAACACAGCCUCCAACUGAAGAAACCGCUGCAGUUGGGACAGUCAUUGAAACUUUGAAGGCCUCUGCUGAAAUGCCUCCCCCAGCUCCAGAGCGGCUUCCAAGAGAGCCCCCUGCUGAGAUUCUUCCACCAAUUGAAACGGAUGUUUUAGAGGAACUUCCUGAAAUUGUGGUUCCACUUACAGAAGAGAUGCUUAUGGAAGUUCAAGCUUUGUCAAUUGAGGAUGUCCUUAAAGAAACCUCAGGUAAAGCAGAGUCUACUACUGCUGAAGAGACCAUGGAUGGCACUCAACCGCCAGUGCCAGUAGAAACUCCUGAAGGAGUGCCUGGUAAAGUUCAGCUUCUACCAACUGAGGCUGUCCCUGCAAAAGAGGGCCCUACAGAAAUUCAGCCUCUAUCAGCUGAGGAGGCCCCUGCAGAAGACGUCCCUGCGGAAGUUCGGUCUCCACCACUUGAAGAGGUCCCUGUGGGAGAUGCCUCUGCAGUUCAGCCUCCAUCAUUUGAAGAAUUCCCAGCAGAAGAGGCCCCUUCAGAAGUUCAGCCUCCAACAGCCGAGGAAACCCCUGCAGAGGGUCAGCCUGCAUCAGCUGAGGGUGAUCCUGUGGAAGAGACAGCUGCAGUUCAGCCUCCACUAGCUGAGGAGGCCCCUGCAGAAGAGGCCCCUGCAGAAGUUCCACCUCCAUCAUUUGAGACGGCCCCUACAGAAGGGGUGCCUGCUGACGUUCAGCUAUCACAAACUGAAGAAACUCCUGUGGAAGAUGUGUCUAUUGAAGGUCAGCCUCUACCAGCCAAGGACUUUACAGAAGAAGUCCCAGUUGAAGCCCCUGCGGAGGAGACCAUUGCAGAAGUUCAGCCUCUAUUUGAGGGAGCUUCCAGAAAAGCCCCUGCUGAAAUUCAGCUUCUACAAAUUGAGACUUCUGAAGAAGCACCUAUUGAAGGUCAGCCUCUACAAGAUAAGGGCGACUUGGUACCAGCUGAACGGGCCCCUGCAAAUGAAGUUCAGCCUCAUUCAUCUGAGGGGCCACCUGGAGAAGAAACUCUUAUUGAAAUAAAGCUUGCACGUGCUGAGGAGACCCCUGCAGAACAGGCUUCUGUUGAAGGUCAGCCUCCACCAUAUGACGCCCCUGCAGAAAAGUCCCCUGUUAAUGAACGACCUCCACAAGCUGAUGUGGUUCCUAGUCAAGGGUUUCUUAUACAAGAGAUGCCUGCUGAAGUUUUGCCUUCACCAUCUGAACAGGUCCCUUCAGAUAAGGCUCAACUAGAAGAUGCAUCCCUGAAACUUCAAACUCCCCAGGUAGCACAUGUCUCGGGGAAACAAUUAUCUUUGAAAGGUGAUAUAAAAACUCAAAGAAUAACUCCUGUUCCUUCAGAUACGUCUAAUACCAAGGGUGGGCAAAUUUCCACUUACAAAAUAAAAGGUACCAUUAAAAUAGAAUUAAAGAACCCCUCACUCCGAACUGUAGGCAAGUCCUAA